AUGGAAAAUGCAAACCUAUCAAAUACGGCAUCAUCAGACAACAAGAAACUUACAAAUUUUAAUUCUCUCGAUUUGUCACAGGUAGACACAGCGGUUGCACGUCCACAACCUGCACGCUUUACGUCAUCCAGUUCAUUCGAUGAGGAUGCCAUCGAUAUUACACCUGUUGAAUCUGCUUCUUCAUGUGAUUACAAAUCAGUCGAAUCUACCCCAUCUGUGACAUCAUUAACUUUAUCCAAUAAGGACAAAAAAUUGGCAGCAUGUACUUCUACAAAUGCUCUUGUUGGUGAACAGACUCAUGAACAAUCUGAUUCCGAUGAAUCAACUUUGAAUGAUGAAAAAACAUACACAGAGGAAGAUGAUGACUUCCCUGAAGGUGGUCGUGUUGCUUGGAUGGUUGUAUUUGGUUCAUUCUGUGGAUUCGUACCAUGUUUUGGCCUGAUGAAUAUUGGUGGUGUUCUUGAAAACUACAUCCAAGAUCACCAAUUGAAAGAUGAAUCUUCAUCAACAAUUGGUUGGAUUUUUUCUUUAAUGUUCUUCAUUUGUUUUUCAUCCUGUAUCUUUAGUGGUACUUAUUUCGAUAGAAAUGGAUUCAAGGCACCAAUUGUUGUAGGAUCUUUACUUCAUGUUGCUGGUAUAUUUGCAAUGGCCAAUUGUACCAAAUACUGGCACUUUAUUGUUGCAUUCUCUAUCUUAUGUGGUCUAGCCAAUGGUAUUCUAAUGUCUCCUCUAAUGGGUGCACCUGCACAUUUCUUCAAGAGAAAGCGUGGUACCGCCACUGCUUUGGCCACUGUCGGGGGAUCCGUCGGUGGUGGUCUAUUCCCACUGAUGCUGCGUAAGUUCUUCUCAAUGGAAAAGGCAGGUGUUGAUGACUAUGGUUACAUGUGGGGGAUCAGAACCCUUGGGUUUAUAGACUUGGUUUUACUUUGUGUUGCUGUUACCUUGGGUAGAGAAAGACUACCCCACGUAGUAGAUACACCAAGAAACAAUGAAUCUCGCUUCAGACAUAUCCUGAGAGUAUAUUUGCUACAAAGUCUGGAUGUUAAAGCUUUUCUUGAUAUGAAAUAUUUCUUCUGUGUUUUGGGGACUGUUCUAGGUGAACUUUCUUUAACCUCUGCUAUCACUUAUUAUAGUUCAUACGCAAUGAGUCAAGGAAUUAGUCAAUCUGAUUCGUACAUGUUAAUUAUGGCAAUCAAUUUGGUGGGUAUUCCAGGAAGAUGGGUUCCAGGUUUCUUAAGUGAUGUUGUCGGAAGAUUUAACACUGCUAUUGUUACAUUAACGUGCCUAUCGUUAGUCAUGUUUAUCGGCUGGUUGCCAUUUGGUACUAACCUGAAGAAUAUGUACGCCAUUAGUAUACUAUAUGGGUUCUUCUCAGGUUCAAUAUUUUCAUUGCUACCAGUCUGUUGCGGUCAAAUUUCUAAAACUGAAGAAUUUGGAAGACGUUAUUCUACAAUGUAUUUCGUCGUUUCUUUUGUGACUCUGGCUGGUAUUCCGAUCACCGGUGCUAUCAUCGGUGACAAAUCCGUCACUAACUACCAAAACUAUGUCAUAUUCUCUGCUGCUACUUGUAUGGCUGCUGCAAUUUGCUAUGUCAUCUCAAGAGCUUACUGUGUCGGGUUUAAAUUAGUCAAGUUCUAA